CUCGAACUUCGAUUCCUUAUUCCCGCUGCUACAAGCUGUGAUGUCGGACCCCAAGGAUAACAAGGGCAAGGCCCCCGAGGCGCCCAAAGCUGAAGAUGCGCCAGGUAACAAGCUGUCCACCAAGGCAGUGGAGGCUCUGCUGGAGAGCAACGCCGCCCUGAAGAAUGAGCUGGCCGGUAUGGACAAGGACAAGGCUGCGGAAGCUCUACGGAAGAUGGAUAUUGCUGAGCUGUUGACGGGUCUUGCUGUGGGCGGAAAGAACCAGAAGGACAUGGCUUCGUACAAGUUCUGGCAGACACAGCCCGUGCCUCGAUUCGAUGAGGCGGCCAACGAUGCUGGCGGACCUAUCAAGAUCAUCGACCCUGAGAAGGUGUCCAAGACUCCCGAUACACUGAUCGAGGGAUUUGAGUGGGCAACGCUGGACCUUACCAACGACGACGAACUCCAAGAACUGUGGGAUUUGUUGACAUACCAUUACGUCGAGGAUGACAAUGCUAUGUUCCGGUUCAGAUAUUCCAAGUCAUUUUUGCACUGGGCUUUGAUGUCUCCGGGCUGGAAGAAGGAAUGGCACGUCGGUGUCCGCGCAAGCAAGUCUAAGAAAUUGGUCGCUUCGAUCUGCGGUGUUCCCACGGAGGUUCGCGUUCGUGAUCAGAAGAUCAAGGUGACGGAGAUCAACUUCCUGUGCAUUCACAAGAAGUUGCGCUCUAAGCGUCUGACUCCCGUCCUUAUCAAGGAGAUCACCCGUCGCUGCUAUCUUAGCGGUAUCUACCAAGCCGUUUACACUGCGGGUGUUGUUCUGCCGACGCCUGUUAGCUCUUGCCGGUACUACCACCGCCCAUUGGACUGGCUGAAGCUCUACGAAAUCGGCUUCUCCCACCUCCCCCGUGGCUCCACCAAAGCACGCCAGAUCACCAGGAACCACCUUCCCAGCACCACAGCAACUCCCGGCUUGCGCGUUAUGGAGGCCAAGGAUGUGGACGCUGUUCAGAAUUUGCUGGAGCGGUAUUCCAAGCGGUUUGCCUUGAACCAGGCCUUCACCCGCGAGGAAGUCGAGCAUUGGUUGUUGCACAAGGAAGAGGCCGGAAAAGAGCAGGUUGUGUGGUCUUACGUGGUCGAAGAUGCCGAAACCCACAAGAUCACCGACUUUGUCUCUUUCUACAACCUUGAGUCGACUGUGAUUCAGCACCCCAAGCACGACAACGUCCGCGCCGCUUACCUGUACUACUAUGGCACGGAAACUGCCUUCACCCAGGAUCAGAAGGCUCUUAAGGAGAGACUGCUCAUGCUGAUGAAUGAUGCUCUGGUUCUCGCGAAGAAGGCUAAAUUCGAUGUAUUCAACGCACUGACCCUGCACGACAACCCUCUGUUCCUGGAGCAGCUCAAAUUCGGUGCAGGUGACGGCCAGCUUCACUACUAUCUCUACAAUUAUCGGACGGCCCCAGUCCCUGGAGGUGUCAACGAUAAGAACCUUCCCGAUGAGAAGAAGAUGGGCGGUGUUGGUAUCGUUAUGCUGUAGGGUCUGGCACUCUGUUGCAUUCUUGACACAUAUGAAACGUUCUUCCGCGAUCUCUGUUGCAAUUCAUGGCGGCAUUUGAGGAAGAAACUGUGGAUACUUCUAUCAUGAAUAUAAAUGAUGUUAAAAGCUC